CCUCUCUCUGUUUCUGCUCUGGCUGCUUUUUUUCUGUCGAUAUUAUCGAGCAUAUACUGCAUCCAUUAUCUCUCAGUCUUACCCUUCCUAUUUUCCAGGACUGCCACUCAUCUGCUCUCAAUGAAGGGUCAGCCAUGAAGGUUGGGCGGUUCAAGUAAUAGCGAAGGCAUGGAGAGAACACGGGUCGCCAAGGUUGACGAUGUGACCUUGGCGCGUCGUGGUGAACAAGUCGUUGGCACCCUCCACCUCACCCCUCACCAUAUCAUCUUCUCCCACGUACCUCCGACUCCCACCAACGCGCCAGCUCAAAACCCUCCCCCAAAACCUAGGGAGCUUUGGAUCACCUAUCCGAUAAUAUCCUUCUGCACCUACCGCCCAACCCCUGCGGUUUCCCGCCAGCCUUCGUCAAUCCGCCUGCGAUGUCGAGAUUUUGCGUUCGUAUGCCUAUAUUUCGCCAGUGAAACCAAGGCGCGUGAGGUAUAUGAAAGCAUCAAGGCGUGGACAUGCAAGGUGGGCCGAAUUGAUAAACUUUAUGCAUUUGCCUACCAGCCGCCUCCCCCCGAGCGUGAGCACAACGGGUGGGAGCUGUACGACCCUCGCAAAGAGUGGGCCAGGCAAGGAGUGGACCGGGAUGGCCAUGGGUGGCGUCUAUCUCAGAUAAAUACGGACUAUGGGUUUUCCCCGACAUACCCUGCGAUUUUCCCCAUUCCUUCCGCCAUUUCCGACAAUACGCUCAAUUAUGCGGGACGCUAUCGCUCGAGAGCAAGAGUCCCCGUCUUGACAUAUCUUCAUCCUAUCAACAAUUGCUCGAUCACCCGAAGUUCGCAGCCUCUGGUGGGCGUGCGUCAGAACCGGAGCAUUCAGGAUGAGAAGCUAUUAGCCGCGAUUUUCUCAACUUCUCGCUCGGAGCGACCGCUAGCAGGAGUUACUCCGCCGCAGCUGGAAAGCGAAUCGUCCAGUUCGACGCAAGGUGAAAUGUCAAAUAGCCAGACGGGGAUUACUCUAACCAACGCAGAGGAGCUGGAAGACGAGAUGUUGACAUCGUUCCAAGGUGACGUCGAGGAAAAGAAACCUCAUGUGUAUGGGGCUCAGCAAAAUAACUUGAUUGUCGACGCUCGACCAACUGUCAACGCCUUUGCUAUGCAAGCCGUGGGUCUUGGCUCGGAAAACAUGGACAACUAUAAGUUCGCGACGAAAGCGUAUCUCGGGAUCGACAAUAUCCAUGUCAUGAGGGACUCCUUGAACAAGGUGGUUGAUGCGCUGAAGGAGUCUGAUGUUACGCCUUUAGGACCAAAUAAAGACCUUCUUGCGCGCAGUGGAUGGCUGAAGCAUAUUUCUGGCAUUUUAGACGGCGCGGGCUUGAUCGCUCGUCAGGUUGGACUUCAACAUUCGCAUGUGUUGAUUCAUUGCUCCGAUGGAUGGGACCGAACCAGUCAAUUAAGUGCCUUGAGUCAAAUAUGUCUGGAUCCUUACUAUCGGACCAUGGAAGGAUUCAUGGUGUUGGUUGAAAAGGACUGGCUUUCCUUCGGACACAUGUUCCGGCAUCGAUCUGGUCACCUGAAUAGCGACAAAUGGUUUCAGAUCGAGAAUGAAAGAAUCGGGGGCGACCCCAACCGCGGAUUCGGUGAAGCCGGAGGGGCUGGAAAGGCUAUUGAGAACGCUUUCCUUAGCGCCAAAGGCUUUUUUAAUCGGGACAAUACUAGUCGUGAUUCGCUUCCUGACUCAGAGGGAGAGAUGCAAAGCUAUGACUCUGAUAAUCCCGGCCUUAAGAAACCCAGCCCACCCAGGUCGUCUGGCCCCGAGAAAGAAGUGACGAAGGUGAAGGAGACAAGCCCCGUUUUCCAUCAGUUCCUGGAUGCGACGUAUCAACUCUUGCACCAAUACCCUACACGUUUCGAGUUCAAUGAACGGUUUCUGCGGCGGCUACUCUACCACCUCUACUCGUGCCAAUUUGGCACUUUCCUCUUUAACAGCGAAAAAGAGCGGGUGGAAUGGAAAGCAAAAGAGCGGACUCGAAGCGUGUGGGAUUAUUUCCUCGCUCGUAGGGAACAAUUCCUCAACCCGCAGUACGAUCCUGUCGUGGACGACCACAAGCGCGGCAAGGAGCGCCUGAUUUUCCCUCAGCUGACCGAGGUCAAAUGGUGGAGCGAGGCGUUUGGCCGGACCGAUGCGGAAAUGAAUGGCGUUCGUUCAACCAGUGCUACUGUGCCCAUCAGCCGCGAUGCCUCCCGCUCCAGGACACCAGUCUUGACCGGCGUUGAGACGUCUCAGAACUCCGUUGGAACCGGCGCACCGGGCAGAGAGUCCCCCAAGGCUGUCGCAACCGAGAUGGAUGCUGUAACCUCGGGAGUGUCGGAUUUGGCUUUCUCGAAGAGCAAAGAAAAUGGCCAAAGUUCCCGGACCAUCAGUCAGAUGGAAGUUGAGAUGCAAUGAGAAACCCAACUCUUUAGUUAAAACACUCUGGACGGGACUAACGAUGUCGAUGUAUCUAUGAUAACGGUCGGCCGCCACUGGACUGGACUAGAGCGGUCUAGAGCUGUGAUGAAUGUGCAUGUCUGAG